AUGGCGCCAAGGUCUGCUAAAGCAAAGAAAGCGGCUGAUGUUAAGGUAUCAUCAGAAAAUGAUGCUCCUAAAAAAGGCAGAGGGAAAGCUAAAACUGUGGCAGAACCAGAACCUGAAUUAGAUGUUGAACUGAGUGAGAAAUCUACCCCAGUCAAUGACAAGAAACCAACUAAGCGUGGUAAAAAGGCUGUUAAUGAUUCUAGUGAACAAGUAAAUGAGAAAUCAGAAGAAGUAGGGCCACCUGCCAAGAAAGGUCGCAAGAAAAAUGUAGAUGACUCGAAUUCCUUAGACAAACAAGCAUCUAAUGGUGAUCAAUCUGCGGAAGAGGAGUCAUUAGCCCCAACUGAAGAAACAGAACAGAGUGAUGAAAAUGUAGAAGAAAGUAAUGGUCACACAGAGGAGGCACCUAGUUCUGGCAGGGGUCGCAAGAAGCAGGCCAAAAAAGAACCAGCAAAGAAAGCUGAACCUAAGUCUAGUAGAGGAAGAAAACCCAAGCAAGAAACGGUAGAGAGUGAAGACACACCAAAAGAGGAAGUUGAGGAGAAACCUAAGUCAGCUGCUAAAGGUAGGGGAAGGAAAGCAGCCAAAGUUGAGACAGACCCUGAAGCUGAGAAGUCUGAUACUCCUGAGGAGGAGAUAAAAGAGAAGCCUGCACCAAAAGGCAGGAAGAAGGCCCCUGCUAAGGUACAAGAAAAGGAAAAUGAUAUAGAUGAAGAUGAGGAUGUUGAGAAAGAGGAAGACAAACCUGAGCCUAAGAAAAAGGAACCAAAAGGUCGAAAAAAUCAGGGAAAGAAAGCUCAACCUAAAGAAGAAGUGGAAGAUGAAGAAGAGGAUGAAACACCAUCCUCUAAAAAAAGGAAGGUAACCAAAAAAGCUGAGGCAAAGAACGAAGAAGAAGAUGUAGCAGUAGAAGUGAAACCUGCCAAAGGUAAGAGGGGUCAGAAGAAAGUGGUUGAAGUUAACACAGAAACUGAUGAAGAACCACAAGAUAAUGAGCCCACAACAAAACGUCGACGCAAGGGAACUGAUGAAAAGGCAUCUGCAGGAGACACGAAAAAGAAAGCUCCUCCCAAAAAUAAAUCUCUAACAGAUUUUGAAUCCAUUGACUUUUCGAAUUCUUCCACUAAUAGUCAGGGUAAAGAAUGGAACUUUAAAAUAUCAAGUUGGAAUGUAGAUGGUAUAAGAGCGUGGGCAUCCAAGGGCGGACUUGAUUAUUUCAAGUAUGAGAAACCUGACAUACUCUGUGUACAAGAAACCAAAUGUUCACAAGAUAAAUUACCAAGUGAAAUUGCUAACAUACCUGGCUAUCACGCAUACUGGGUGGCAGGCGACAAGGAGGGCUACGCAGGCGUAGGAAUUUAUACAACGAAACUUGCUAUGAACGUCGUAUAUGGGUUACAGAACGAGGAGUUGGAUAGCGAAGGUCGUAUAAUAACAGCGGAAUAUGAGCAAUUUUAUUUAGUAUGUACAUAUGUGCCCAACUCGGGGCGUAAACUAGUCACACUUCCGAAAAGACUGCAAUGGAAUGAAGAAUUUCGUAGACAUGUUAAGGAACUAGAUAAGAAGAAGCCUGUGAUAAUUUGUGGCGACAUGAAUGUUUCUCAUAAAGAAAUAGAUUUAACCAAUCCUAAAACAAACAGAAAGAAUGCUGGUUUUACUGACGAGGAGCGAGCUGGAAUGACAGAUUUACUAGGAGAUGGGUUCGUCGAUACGUAUCGACAUUUGUACCCAGAUAAAACUGGAGCGUAUACUUUCUGGACCUACAUGAUGAACAGCCGGGCGAAAAAUGUAGGAUGGCGUUUGGAUUACUUCAUAAUAUCGGAAAGGUUGCUACCGGCGCUGUGCGAUAAUAUUAUAAGAGAUAAAGUCUAUGGUAGUGAUCACUGUCCAUUAUCCCUAUUUCUACAUCUAAGUACUGCUGACAAACCUAAAGAAUGA